AAAGAAAAAGAAAAAAAAAUCCAUUUAUCUAGCAAGUUUAUUAUUGGCCAGUCUUUUGAAUUUUAUCCACAGACAAUCUUUUCUCUACAUUCCCCAAGUCUGAAACCAUUAAAACGUUCGAUGAUGAUUGGUUAGAAGAACUCGGGAACAGACAAAGAGAUGCUUGGUACAGUAUCGGCUUUCUAAUCCCAUCCUUCUCCAUCCAACUUUUUCACAUUUUCUUCACGGCAAAGUUCAGCAAACUCUGUUUCAGAUUCAUGGCCGCGCCGCCCACAGUCGUCCCCUUUCGAUGGAAUGUAUUCUUAAGUUUCAGAGGAGAAGACACACGACACAACUUCACAAGUGAUCUCUAUGACGCUCUGGUCAAGGAAGGAGUCAAAACAUUCAAGGAUGACGAGAAAUUAAGAAGAGGUGAUCUGAUCUCUGAAGCACUCGAAAAGGCAAUCCAGGAAUCAAGAAUUUCUAUUAUCAUAUUCUCGAGGAACUAUGCUAAUUCUAGAUGGUGCCUACAAGAACUCACCUUGAUAAUGGAACGCUGGGAAAAGCAUGGCCAAAAGGUUUUUCCAAUUUUCCUCGAGGGUGUCGAUCCAUUGGAUGUACAGAACCAAAAGGGGAGCUUUGGAGAGCCUGUUGGAGAGCUUGAAAAGAGGUUCGGCCUAGAGAAGGGGGAAAGGUGGAGGUCAGCCCUGAGAUCAGCUGCUCAACUCUCCGGAUGGAGCUUCACAGAUUUUGGGGAUGAAGAGAAGUUGAUUCAAAAGAUAGUGAGAGACAUCAUCCAGUAUAACAGAAAAAAAAACCUACUAACAAACCCAGUGAUAGAGAUCCCAAACAAGCCAAUAAUUGAGUACCCGCCAUCAACCGAACGCAUGCUGCAACAGAUUUUUGAUUGCAUAAGUGAUCCUGAUCCACGCUUUGGCAUCAUUGGAUUAUAUGGUAGAGGAGGAGUGGGUAAAACCACUAUGGCUAGAGAAGUAAACAAUCGCCUGGAAAGUGAUUUGGCCAACGGAGUACAAAUACCUUUCGAGACUGUGAUAAUGGUCACAGUGUCUGCCACUCCCAACAUACUAAGUAUCAAAACCUAUAUCAAUAAGCGCCUUGGAUUACCAAAUGGUAGUGAGGUUGAAGCAUUGUUCGAUGUCCUAAAGAAGAAGAAAUUUCUUCUAAUUUUGGAUGAUGUGUGGUCAGAAUUAAAGCUGGAAGAUGUUGGAAUCCCUCGCCCUCCAAAUGACAAAGGGAGCAAGCUCCUAGUGACCAGUCGAAUUCAAAAAACCUGCAUUGAUAUGGGUGCUACAACAACAAUAAAUGUGCAACCAUUAUCAGAAUCCGAAUCAUGGGACCUCUUUGUUGAAAAAGCUGGUAAACAUGUUGCUGCUGAUGAUAUAAAACCAUCUGCUGAAAAAAUUGUUCAAAGGUGUAGGGGUCUUCCCCUUGCAAUUGUGGUUGUGGCCCGUGCAAUGGCGAAUCGACAUGGAGUUGAGGUGUGGGAGAAUGCCUUGAGGGAAUUGAAGCAAUCAGCUGAACAUCUCCAAGACUAUAACAUAGGGGGAGACCUAGACGAGAUGCUAGAUUAUUGGGUUGGAGAGGGCUUAGUAGAUCAAUUUGGGAGUUUGAAAGCUGCUAGGGAUAAAGGUGAGGAACUGAUUCAAAGUUUGAAAAUUGUUUACAUGUUGGAAGAUGGAGAGGAGAAAGGUAGUGUGAGGGUGCAUGAUAACAUGCGAGCGCUUGCAAUUUGGGUUACUUCUUCAGAGUACUCUGAUAGUGGUGUCAAGUUCUUGAUAAGGACAGGUAAAUCAGUUAAAGAGGCACCAUUAGCUCUUAAGUGGGUAGGUGCAUCAAGGAUUUCCCUGAUGGAUACCCAAAUAAAGGAGUUACCAGAGUUGGGAGAGACGUGCCAAAAGCUAACCGCUUUCCUAUUCAGGAAGAAUAGGAUCUUCACUGUUGUUCCCUCGACAAAUUUCUUGCAACAUAUGGGGCAUCUUAGAGUACUCGAUCUUUCUGAGUCACAAAACUUAGAAUAUCUCCCGGAUUCUUUGUCAUGUUUGGUGAAUCUUCGGGUGCUUAGGCUACAUAUGUGUAAAAGGUUAAGAGCAUUGCCUGUGCCUGUACUAGGAAUGCUUCUACAACUCCAAGUUUUAGAUUUGGGUUGGUGUUCUGAGUUGGACCAGCAAAUCCUCGGAGGAUUUGAAUGCAAGAGUGGUGUAAGUAAUUUAAGAUACUUGGAUGUGAAAUUUUCCAAAGUUCGUAUUCCAGAGGGGGUAAUUUCUCGUUUGUACGAAUUGGAGGAACUAAGAUUUUAUGCAUCAAAUAGAAUCAAAUGGAGGGUGAGUUCUGGUGAAGAAGAUGUAACAACGGAUGAGAAUGAGUCUGCUAGUGAUUUCGAGUCCAUCAUUGAUGUGAGGGAGUUAUGUUGCUUGAUCAAUUUAACAUCUCUUACCAUUUCGUUUGAAGAUAUCAUUAUUUCUGAUUGGUUCAAACCUUUGGCCAACAAGAUUACUGCCCUGAGUCUGAAUCGUUGCACAGUCGAAAAACAAGAUGCUAUAGAAGCUCUCAAUCUCGAUAAAUCCCAAAAUCUAUGGCAGUUAGUAAUUGAUGAUUGCCCAGGUGUGAAAUGUGUGCGCAUUGGUUCUCUAUUAACUGUGUUAAAAAACUGUAAGGACUUGGAGUUGGUUUUAGAUCGUGCAGAGGUCGAACAUGAUCAAUAUUUCCUUCAUGAGUUACACCUAGUAAAAUUGCCAAAAUUGAAAGGGACAUGGGUUAGUCUGGAAUCACUGAAUUGCUUUGGUCAACUAUCAAAGAUAGUAAUUGAGGAUUGCCAUGGCUUGAGGAUGGUCUUCACGAAGGAAAUGCCACGCCUUUUCAACAACUUGAAGGAACUUAGAGCUCGGUAUUGUGUGAAAUUGGAAGUAAUCAUUGAAACAGAGAAGGAAGUAGAAGUUGGGGAAGUCAUCUCACUCUUCCCAAGACUGGAGAUUUUAAAGCUGGAAGACCUACCAACAUUAGCUGAUGUGUCCACCAAUCAAAUCUUGCAUUGCCCCCUUAUAAGAGAAGUGAAUGUGAGUAACUGUCUGAGGUUGAAGAAGGAUCCUCUCCGCAUACGAAACAAGGACGGGCUACUUGUCAUUGAGGGUGAACAUUGGAAAAAAGGCAAUAAGGUCAUGGAAGAAGAAAUUCAAGCUUCUCAGUGAUGGAGUCCCACACAUCUUCUUCAUUCAUUGGUAUGUUCUGUGAUCUCUAUCUUUUCUUCCUUCCUGUAUCAAGUUCCUGCGGUUGCAGUGGUCAUGGGGUUCCUCCCUUUCUGUUAUCAAUUAACUUGAGAAAGUUUUUUGUUCAAGAAAAUGUGGCAAAGGACUGUGUGGUGGAGAAGAGAUCCAACAGGCGCUUUUUGAUACAAUCCAACAAUCCAAAAUCUUGAUUCCUGUCUUCUCUAAUGGCUAUGCCGAUAGCAAAUGGUGUCUCCAACUUUUCACAACUGGACUAAGAAAUUCACCCGAGAGUGGGUUUCAUCAAAAUUAUUCUGUUUAUUGGUAUACCAAACAUAUUUCACAUUCUCCAAUCUAUUAUGUCUACUAGUUACCAAACGAUUUCUAUAUUUAGGUAAAAACAUUUUCUUUUGUACUAGGCGAUUCUGUUCUUUUCCCCCUCCAAUUCUUCAUGUCUAUCUUGUGCGUGUCUGUAUAAUUAUAUAAUUGGGUGAUUUGGG